AUGGUGUCGGAACUAUGUCCUGUUUAUGCUCCGUUUUUCGGAUCAAUGGGCUGCGUGUCCGCGAUCGUCUUCACUUGCUUCGGUGCUGCCUACGGAACUGCCAAGGCAGGCGUUGGAGUCUGCUCGACGGGCGUCCUACAUCCUGAGUUGAUUGUGAAGAUCGUUUCCGUUCUUGUCGCAAACGAUUUGAAACAGAACCUUGCUUUAUAUACAGGCUUUAUCCAGCUUGGUGCAGGUCUCGCGGUCGGCCUUGCUGGCUUAGCAGCUGGUCUCGCUAUUGGAGUUGUCGGCGAUGCUGGGGUCCGUGGAUCAGCUCAGCAGCCAAGACUGUAUGUCGGCAUGAUUCUGAUACUCAUCUUUGCUGAAGUUCUUGGCCUGUACGGUCUAAUCGUCGCCCUUCUCAUGAACUCACGCGCGAAACAAGAUGUGGAAGAAUGCUUUUAA